ACGAGAAUCAGCCGCUAUUUAAGCCGUAAACUCCAAACUGUAACCACCACUUAAAAAAGAGACUAGAGAGCUGGCUAAGAGUACUUCUUCUUCUACUCUCUGACACAGACAAGUGCCUGGCUUUUGAGGCUUUCUAGAGAGAUAGAGAGGGAGAGAGAGAGAGAGAGUGCUCACCGGCGAAAUUAAUCUUUCAACUCCUUUCCGGCCAGAAUGAUAGCCUACCUGGAGUGUUUCGUUCAAGAAAACGACACCGAAUCGAGGCCGGACGACGACGUUUCCAGCCUCUCCAAGGCUCUGGACCUCCAAGGCAGUAUCCACGACUGCGAGGGGCCCACCGACGAGGCCUCCAGAGAUUUCGGCGGCAUGAAUUCCCUCGCGCCGCUCGCUUUCAUCCGCCCUUCCGACGCCGAUGACGUGGCGAGGAAGGUCAAAGCGGCUGCCAGGUCCUCGAAUCUGACGGUGGCGGCGCGCGGCAACGGCCACUCGAUCAACGGCCAGGCGAUGGCGGAUCGAGGCCUCGUCUUGGACAUGAGGUCCUUGGACGACCAUUUCCGAGUGGUAGAAGCGAACAAUGGCUCCUUCUACGCCGACGUGUCCGGAGGGGCAUUAUGGGAACAUGUGCUGAAACAGUGCGUUUCCGAGUACGGGAUGGCCCCGAGGUCCUGGACUGAUUACCUCAGCUUGACGGUGGGCGGGACGUUAUCCAACGCCGGCGUCAGCGGUCAGGCUUUCCGUUACGGUCCACAAACGUCAAACGUAACGGAGCUACAAGUCGUUACGGGGAAAGGCGAAAUUUUCAAUUGCUCCGAAACCGAAAACUCGGAGCUCUUUUUCGGAGCGCUUGGCGGACUCGGACAGUUCGGUAUCAUCACCCGAGCUAGGGUUUUGCUCCAACCAGCCCCAGACAUGGUGAGAUGGAUAAGGCUGGUGUACACCGAGUUUGAGGACUUCACUCGGGACGCCGAGUUACUGGUGACUCGGCAGGACGAGGACGACUUGUUUGAUUACGUGGAAGGCUUUGCCUUCGUCAACAGCGACAACCCGGCAGAUGGGCGGCCCUCCGUGCCGUUGGAUCCGGACCAGGUCUUCGACCCGACCCAUCUUCCACGAACCGCCGGAUCAAUGCUAUACUGUCUCGAACUGGCUCGUCACUACCGCAACACUGACGACCCCUCAAUUGUUGAUAUGGGCGUGAACAGAUUGCUUGGAGGCCUCGGAUUCGUUGAGCGAUUGAAGUUCCAAGUGGACCUCAGCUACCUUGAGUUCUUAUUGCGUGUGAAGCGUGCAGAGGAACACGCCAAGGCCAACGGGAUUUGGGACGCGCCACAUCCUUGGUUGAACCUGUUUGUCUCGAAAUCUGAUAUCGCUGAUUUUGAUCGGACGGUCAUCAAGAAGAUCCUCAAGGAUGGGAUUGGUGGGCCCAUGCUUGUCUACCCUCUGCUGCGAAGCAAGUGGGAUGCACGUACAUCAGUGGCGCUACCAGAAAGUGAAAUCUUCUACAUAGUGGCUUUGUUACGUUUCACUCCACCAUACCCAAAAGGUCCCUCGUUCGAGAAUCUGGUGGCCCAGAACAAGGAAAUUAUACAAUAUUGCGACAAAAAGGGGUUUGAUUUCAAGUUGUAUCUGCCUCACUAUCGAUCGCAGGAUGAUUGGAAGCGGCAUUUUGGAAAUGAUCGAUGGGCGAGAUUCGUCGAGAGGAAGACCUGCUUUGAUCCAAUGGCCAUCCUUGCUCCUGGGCAGAAAAUUUUCCCUAGGGUUUCUCAACCCUAACAGUAGAAUAAUAAAUAGUGAUUGGUGCAAUGUAAUUGUUUUGUGUUGGCAUCUUUUUUCUCUGAAUUAGUUUCUGCUGGUGGGUCAGUGUCAGUGCCAUUGUUAUCAAAAUCGACAUUCGACAAAGAAUGUGUUGGAGCAAUUAAUGUAUAGAAAUAGUUUGAGCAAGAAAUUUUGAUCGCUUUCAUGUA